AUGAAGCUCUCUUUGAAGCUCCAAGACGACAAUAAUAUUUCUCAAAAUCACGAUCACCACCACCGCCACCAUAUCAGCUCCUCACCAGUUGUAACAGCAAAAAUCCCCAUCUCCAUAUUCAACCACCCAUUCCUCACCUCCAUCUCCUCCACCAUCUCCGACUCCUCUCACCUCUCUCUUUCUCUCUCCUCCAACUUCGCUUCCGGCCCUUCUCUCAAACUCUCCUAUUCCCCCACCGCCACCCCAACUCUCUCUAAUCCUCUCUCUCUCUCUCUAAAAUCCGGCCUCGGCCUCUUCGGCUCCCCAAACCACUCCCCUCUAAUAUUCACUGCCCACUUCUCAUUUUCCUCUCCAAACCCCACUUUCUCUCUCCUCUUCACCCCCCAAUUCGGCAACUUUUCCUUCAAGAAGACCACUUUCUCCAACCCUAGGGUUUCCGAUUCCGGGUCCGGACCCGGAAUUGGGGCCAAUUCGGGUUCUGGGUCGACGUCGAAUUUCGAGACGGGAAAUGGGUUUGUCCCGGAAGGGUCGUCCGUUUGGCAGGAGCUCAAGUUGGAGCCCUGCGGUGGUAAAAAUGGCGGCUUUAAGGAGGGGUUUGGGGUUUGCUCAAAUGGGUCUGAGAAAGAUGGGGGGAUUUUGUCUGGGAUUGCUGUGAUGGCGAGGACUGUGUUUCCAGUGACUAAAAGGGUGAAGAUGAAUGUGAGGUGGGGUGUGAAUUUGCCGUCGGAUUUGGGGUACAAAAUGCCUUACUUGAAGUUGAACAAGAUUGGGAUAGAGAGAGUUGAGGAGGAUAAGGAAGAGAAGAAGAAAAAAAAGAGUGAUGAGACUAGUAGUGAAUUGGAGUUGUUGAAGGGAAUGUGUUUUUGGAUGAGUAGGGAUUUGGAGGUUUUAGAGAGAGAGAAUAGGGAGAUGAAGGAGAUGAAGGAGAGCUUGGAGCAGAUGAAGGUUGGAGUUUCCGCCGCUGGUGGCAAACAUUUCCGGUUGGAUUCGGCGUCUAAAAUGCCUUUGGGCGAGAGUUCUAGCGAGUUUGAGAGGUGGAGAAACAGGAAGAAUGUUAAAGAAGAGAAUGGAAAGAGAGAGCCGAAGAAGCCGGCAAAUCAGGCGGCGAGUGAUCUUGAAUCCGAAUUGGAGAGAGCGAUCAAGGCUGCUGCUGGUGCUGCUUCCACUUAG